AAAAAAAAAAAAAAAAUUUUAAUUUUGUUUUUUUUGUAAAAAGACAUCCUUUAAUUUAAAUUAGAAAAUAUCAAUAAAAAUGAAUUCAGUAGAAAGCACAAUGAAGACCCCAAUGGAACAAGUUGAUGAACUCAAAUACUGGUUAGCUACUGCUCCAGUAAAUUGGGAACUUGACCAAAAUAUCCGUCGUUAUCUUCUUCCUACCGGUGAAUAUAUUUCUUGUGUCCUCUGGAAUAGUCUUUACCACAUAACAGGCACUGAUAUUGUAAGGAGUCUGGUAUUCCGUUUCCAAGCUUUCGGUAGACCCGUAAAGAAUAUCAAAAAAUUUGAAGAAGGUGUUUUUAGUGACUUAAGGAACUUAAAACCUGGCAUGGAUGCUUCUCUCGAAGAACCCAAGUCUGAAUUUCUUGAAAUGUUAUAUAAAAAUAACUGUAUUCGAACUCAAAAGAAACAAAAAGUUUUUUACUGGUUUUCAGUUCCUCAUGAUAGAUUAUUUUUAGACGCAUUAGAACGGGAUUUAAAACGUGAAAAGAUGGGUAUUGAACCUACAACUGUUGCAAUUGCUGAACCUGCUCUUUCUUUCUCAUUUGAUUCCACACAAUCAUUAUAUGACCAAUUUACAAAGGGAAUGUCUCCAAAUUCAUCUGCUCCUUCCUCUCCACAAAUACGUGGAUUGGUUUAUGAUUCUUCAAUACCACCAAUGGCUCCUUCCAUGAUUGGUACUCAAAUAAAGACAGAUGACCCAUCCGGUGUUUUGUAUUCUCUUGACCAGGAAUCCAUGGGAAAUGCAACAUCAGCCCAGCCUUCUUUGGGCACUUUUGCUUUAUUUCAACCAUCAAUUCCCGAUAACACAAUGGUUAAACCACAAAUGUACCCAUCUCCCGAUCUUGGUUAUUGUUCUAUGGAUGAACUCCAAAAAGGACCUUUUGAAGCUAGUACCCCGCCAGAAUACUUUGUUUCCGGAUCUCCAUGGAGUACAUCUUCCUUGGAAGAACCAUAUGUAGAUAGUCGUCACCCAUCACCAGAUCAUUUAGAAGCUCAUGUUUCAGGAUUGACUCAAACUAUUGUACCUUCAUCAACAGCAUACAACAAUCCCAAUACCACUGCUGCAACUGCCGCUAAUCUUUUUGGAAUGUUUUCAAUCUUUGAGGGGUCUCCAACUUAUAAACAAAGGAGAAGACGCGCAAAUUCUUGCAAUAACGUUAAUGUAAAUAAUAACAACAAUAAUAACUCGACAACUCAUCGUUCUAAUGCGACUCCUUAUCCUCUCAAAACCUAUACAUGCCCACUUCCAACAUGUGGUCGUCUAUUCAAACGUCUCGAGCAUUUGAAACGUCAUGUUCGUACUCAUACCAUGGAACGUCCUUAUUCAUGUCAAGUCUGCGGCAAGAGGUUCUCUAGAUCCGAUAAUUUAGCACAGCAUCGUAAAACUCAUGAACGCGGAAUGAGUAACUCUCCACCACCAUCUGAUGACGGUUCCAACACUUCUGAUCUUGGUUACGAUGAAGGUGUUGUCAAUGAUUGCUAUAAUUAUGAUAGUUCCAAUAUCACACCAUCUUGUGUUCCUAAUGGACUUGCUGUUUACACCACUUCAGAACAUCCAAGUUACUCACUUUUCCAAUAUCCACCAUAUUUGGAGGGAAAUGCCGGAAACGGAAUCAUUGUUUAAUGUUAUUUUUUUGAUCUUAUUCCCUCCUUCUCUCUAUUGGGGUUCUUAUUUAAAAGUAUUUGUAAUAUUAUAUAUAUAUAUUUUUUUUUUUUUGGUGUAUCUAU